AUGGUCCACUGUUCAUUCAACAAGCGCCAUCUGACACUGAUUUGGGCUAUGAUGGAGUGCUUAUUCUUCACCGGGAUUGUUUUCGGAUGGCCAUGGCUGUCUGUUACUCUUCGUAGAGACCGUUAUUUUUUAGAUCUAUGUAAUAUAACACUAGAAGAUGAAAAUCCAGAGAUUUUACCAAACUCAGUUUUAAAUACGGAUAUGCUUACCGAGCUAGAGACGCCGAUAAUACGAACAAAUAUUAACAAAAACAAAGCCCGCCGGAAGUGCCGCCCGAGAAAAAAAUGGCGUACAACAACACCAUCACCCUCGGAACCAAUGUAUGAAAUGUAUGACUCCUUUCCUCUCAAUGACUCUAGAUAUUUCUGUGACGAACAAGAAGAACGACUAGAGAUAGUGAAUGCAAUUGUAAUGAUCAUUCGACAUGGACUUCUUUUACCACUUGGGAUUUUCCUGGACGCUUAUGGUACAACACGAACCCGCCUGAUUGCGGUAUUGACAUUUGCGAUAGGAACAUUAGUCAUGACAUUCUCGAACGCAUCCUUCCCAUGGUUGGUGAUUCCGGCUUUUAGCUUAAUUUCCCUUGCUGGGUUGGUUAUUCUUCUCACCAACAUACAAGUGUCCAAUCUUUUUGGAUCCCGGCGGAAUACUGUUAUGGGCUCUCUCAUCGGCGCCUACCACUCUAGCGCUAUCAUCCUGCUGGCUAUGAAGGAAACACAUUCCAGUCAUAUGGAGACUCAGACCAGUUUUAUGUUCCUGACAAUCGGAGUAGUUCCUAUUCUGGUUUCGACGAUAGCGUUUCUACCUAAAUCAAGAAUUCCUUGGCCGCUUCCGGCUGGUUACGGAAAGCAUGGUGAAGCAUGGAAGGAUUCCUCAGGUUCUAGAAGAGCGGCCAAUGGCGGGCAAGGUAGUACUGUCCUGCCAUACUAA